AUGAACAAUGAACUGGACAAUCCAGAGAUUCUAGGAACGGAGCAAAACGAAGAGAUAACACCAAUAAUACUAUCACGAAUACUUCUUCUGAACACGACGACGGCGCCUAGUAACUCUGCCAAUGAAGAUAAUCCCAAUUACAACGAAGAAAGAAACGAUCCCGAUACCAGCCUAAAUACUACAAGAACUCGAAGUGAAGAGAAAAUUGGAAGUUCUUGGAAAAUCCGUGCAUCUGUUCUCUUAGUAGACAAAAAUCUGCAAUUCAGUGUCAAAAAAUGA